AUGGCGUUUAGCUUCCCAGCUUUUUCAUAUAUUAUUGCGUUAAUUAUUGAUGCGUUUCUUAUAUUUUUUUCAAUAUUUCACGUCAUAGCGUUUGAUGAAUUAAAAACUGAUUAUAAGAAUCCAAUAGACCAAUGUAACAGUUUAAACCCGAUUGUUCUACCAGAGUACUUGCUUCAUUUAUUCAUUAAUAUAUUGUUCUUGUUGUCGGGAGAAUGGUUUUCCUUAAUAAUUAAUCUUCCAUUGAUUGUAUAUCACAUUUACAGAUAUCGCAAUAGACCCGUGAUGUCAGGGCCUGGGUUAUAUGACCCAACAAGUAUUAUGAAUGCUGAUGUUUUGACGGUUUGCCAAAGGGAGGGUUGGAUCAAACUAGCAUUUUAUUUGUUGUCAUUUUUCUUAUAUUUAUAUGGAAUGAUUGUGGUGCUGAUUGCGGUGUAG